CUUGCCAGAAUGAAACCCUGAAGCAAUUCAAUGUCACAAUCAAACUGGCAACUUUUGGAACAUGUCUUGCUCUAACAACUCUCUUGUGAAUAUUGCCCAUGUCUACAGAGGGACAUUUGUGCACUCCACAUACAACACAGCGUUGGAGAUUUUGGAGGACAGGCUUCUGGGGGUAGAUGCGGAUGGAAAGAUUGCCUUCAUUGAGAGUGGGCGGGAAGUGGACAGCCUUUCACAGAAGUGGGGUUUUGAGGCCUCGGCUGUUACACAUCUUGGACAGCAUGAGUUCUUCAUGCCAGGGAUGGUGGACACCCACAUCCAUGCGUCUCAGUACAGCUUUGCAGGCACAGCCCUGGACAUGCCCCUGCUACAGUGGCUGAAGAAAUAUACUUUCCCAGAGGAGGCCCGCUUCAAAGACCUGGGGUUUGCCUCCAACGUCUAUACCCAUGUUGUGAAAAGAACCCUGAGGAAUGGUACCACCACUGCUUGUUACUUUGCCACAAUACACACUGAUGCUUCUCUCCUGCUGGGCCAAAUUGCAAAUGAUUUUGGACAGCGUGCCCUUGUGGGGAAGGUGUGCAUGGACAGAAACAGCUUCCUCCGAGAAUACAAAGAAACCUUGGAAGAGUCCCAACAGGAAACCACCAGGUUCAUUGGUGAGCUCUUGAGGAAAAGGUAUCCGCUUGUCAGGCCAGUGGUGACCCCGCGCUUUGCCCCAUCCUGCUCUGCCAUGUUGCUGGACCACCUGGGAGAAAUCGCCCAGAACAACCACCUUCACAUCCAGAGUCACAUUAGUGAGACAAAGGAGGAAGUGAAACUGGUGAAGGAACUAUUUCCAGACUGUUCCUCCUACACAGACGUUUACCACAAGCACAAUCUUCUCACAGACAAGACAGUGAUGGCUCACGGUUGUCAUUUGACUGAUGAAGAGCUGAAGCUGUUCAGAGAGACAGGGGCAUCCAUCGCUCACUGUCCCAAUUCAAACAUAUCAUUGUGCAGUGGAAUGCUGGAUGUCCGCAGAGUUCUGAACAAGGAGGUAAAGCUGGGGCUGGGCACAGAUGUGGCCGGAGGCUACUCUCCCUCUAUGCUAGAUGCUGUGCGGAAAACACUGGCCACCUCUAAAGCUUUGACCAUCCUGAACCCUGAGUACCAGACCCUCACCUUCGAGGAGGUCUUCAGACUGGCCACACUGGGGGGCAGCCAGGCCCUGUCCCUGGAUGAGCAGACAGGAAACUUUGAGGUGGGGAAAGACUUUGACGCGCUGCGGGUGAACACAUCUGUGGUGGGAGGACCCAUUGACCUCAUCAUUCACGGGGAGGAACCUAAGGUACUACUGGAAAAGUUCUUGAAUUUGGGGGAUGAUCGGAACAUUGUGGAGGUAUAUGUGGCGGGGAGGAGAGUGGUCCCAUUUGUAGAGAAGCCAUAGUUUGGGGAUUUUCUGCUGGCUUGUUGUCAUCUGUCCUAGUCAGAACUCUACAAGAAAAGAGUCAGUCACCUCCCCAAACAAAAACUGCAAAAAAAAUAUACUUAACAAUAAGCACUUUUUUAUUCAGGUACUGAAUAUGUACUUCUUACGACUGUAAUAUGUGUUGGUGUCAAACUAUGCAGAGUCAUUUAAUUUUAUUGAAAUGAUAAUAUUUAACAUUUGAGACAUUUGGCUAGCUGCUAUGUUCAGGGACUAAAAUUACUUUUCCGCUUGCCAGCUCAGGAUUGGAUCUAGUCAGAUGCUGUACCACUAUGCUAACUACUGUCUGCCUGCUGCCCCUGAUAACUAACCAGCAAAUGAGCUUAGCUUAUUUUAGUGUAACAGUGGCUCUUUUCAUUUGAUUGGAUGAUGCAGAGGAAUGGUUACUGGGCAGAGUUUCUAACAUCAGCCUGUGAGGUUGCAGUGCCUGCCAGAUGCAUUCCAGGGCAACUAGAGGAUGCAAUAUGCAGUAAUGGCCUUAGUAUUUUGAUAGCGUUAAGUUAAUUGUGUUAUUAAUAGUGGAAUAGUACUCUGUACUCCAGCACACUGGAUUUGAAAUAAAACCACGACGAAAAGGUUAAAUUGCAGACUGUCAGUUGUAAUUUCAGAGUAUUUGCAUAAACCAUGAACUGUGUCGGAAUUACAGCUCUUUUAAUACAGUCUUCCCAUAAUCUUAAAUAAUACAUCAUUUUAAAGGCAUUUUAAGGCAUUUUGUUGAAUCUGAGCAGACAAGAUGUUUCUGUACACUUCAGAAUUCAUCCUACUGAUACCGUCAGGAGUUACAUCAGCAAUGAAGUGAGCCAGUUUCAGUGGCAGCCAAACAUACCCAAAAACAUAACUCCCCUCCAUUUGCCAGUUUCUGUUUAUUCUCCACACUUUCUUCUUGUCAUCACUCUGGUACAUUUAAUUAAUAUCUGCCUCAUCUGUCCACAAUAUCCUUUUUGCUAUUCAACUGCAUCAUUAUUCCUUAUCUUGUGCAAUUAAUGUAAUGUCAGAAUUUUAUUGUGAAAGGCUCAUAUAGCAGUUUAAACAUAUUUGUAUAUGCUUUCAAAUACUUUAGUGAGUUAUUGUCUGGUACAGUUAAAACAAGAAUUCACCAGUGAAGAGCACACUUCUCCAGUGCCAGUGGCCAUCCCAGGCAUUUGGUCACUGUAGCCAGUUACAAGGUUAAACCUGCAGACAGGUCUAAAUCCUGGUGGGAUGACAUUCUUAUGAGCUUCCCCCUAAGAUCAUUUCUGAAAGAUUGUUGCAGAAAUUCUGUGGAAAUUCUUCCUCAAAAUUUUGAGACAUAAUGUUGUGUGACAAACCUGCAUAUUUUAGUUUUACCUUUUACUGUGCCCAGCAAAAGGUUCACCCGUGUAAUGAUGAUAAUUCAUCACAAAUGUCAGGUGUGUGGACUGACUUGGCAAUGAUGAAAUGCUAAAUAAUAAGGAUGUACACGUGUGCAAACACUUUGGGGAAAAUAUGCUGUUUGUGCUUAUGGAAAAUGUAUGGUAUCUUUUAUUUCAGCUCAUGAAACAUGGGAAAACCCUUUACAUGUUUUGUUUAUAUUUUUGUUCAGUUUAGAUGACAAAUGUAUUGUGUUUGGUAAUACGAAAAGUGAGGUUUUUGUGUAUUGUACUCUACUGUGGGAUUUUGUGUGUUACUGAGAUUUCUAACAACAACAUUUUGAUUAUCUGUUUGGAAUUCUGUACUAUGAGUUGCAAGAAUGUACCACAUAGUUGUGAAAUAUUGCCAAAGCAAGGUUUGUGUAUCUCGACUGGUUGGUCCAAAUCAUAUGUCAACUGUGUUAUGUAAUUAGCUAUGCUUGCAGAUAAGGGAAGUUCCCAACUGUCAAUUAUUCUUAGUCUAGUAUUGCCAUGCAAGUGAUUACAGCUCUAGUCACCACUGAGCUGUGCAUCUUUUAUCUGUUUGUCACACAAUAAACCAUUCAUCUACUGACAA